AGUCAAUCACUUUCACUUUCACUUUCUCUCAUUCUCAGAUUUCGAAAUGAGCGCGCGCAACAUUUUGACAGUCGGCAGCCGGAAUUACCGCGCGCCACCAACGCGAGCGCGGCCCAAUCCAACGCCAAGCACCUCAGGUACCUCAAGCACAGCUGCAUCUGCUGCACCAAUACUGGCACUGGACGCGUCGCACGCUGACGGGAUGAGCGCGUCAUCAGCAUUGCGUAACCCAGCGAGUACUCCGACAGCGACGCGGGCAGCGACCACGCCGACCUCGGCCAUGCGGAACACGGAUCGCAAUGGCACUGCUUCUGUUGAUGGUCCUGAUGACGAUGACCGGGUGUACCGCGACGAGCCGCCGUGCCCCGCGCCCAGAUUCGCACCGCGCUCAGCGUCUGAGCAGGACCAUGAUCAAGACCAGGAUCAAGACAACCUCGUCCACUCUGUCAUGAUCCCAGACAGCGAUCUGCCAAUCCGCGAGGUGUCCAAGCUUGCACGCGCUGGUCCGGGCGGUCGGCUGUCCGUGUUUGAGCGAUGGCAGCGCUUGUCAGAGUUACGUGGAAGCCACUUUGCCAUCACGACGCAGUCCAAGGCGACAGUCAUCACUGCGCCGUCCGAAAGCAUGCUUGAGCUUGCGCACGACCGCCUUGUGCAGGAAGUCCGAUCGGUCGCAGCGUACUCGCAUUUCGUGUCGAUUCCGCUGCACGACGUGUCCAUCGUGACUGCCAUUCGUGGCAUGGCAGAACGCAUUCUCAGAGACCCGGAGUACAGUCGGGAUAAUAUCGAGGCCAGCACGAUCGUGCCGCCAACGCAGAUGCAUCUCUCCGUCGGAAUGCUCACGCUCUUGAACGACGCUGAGGAGCGGCGCGCUGCACAAAUACUCGAGCGCGCUUGCCAGGCCGCUUUGGCAGAUGCGCAGCUUGCACCGGCAUUCUCGGCCAGCUCUGAGCGGAUUCCAGUGAUUACUCUGCGUGGCAUGCGAGGAAUGACAAACGACCCUCGUGCAAUGAACGUCUUGUACGCGGUGCCAGAGUUUCAACUCGGCGCGCAAGAUGGCUCCAGUCCGCUUGGCUUGGGCGCCUCGCUGCUGCAGCUCCUUGCGAGCAGGAUUGUCGCCGAGUUUGUUGCCAGCGGAUUGAUGGAAGCCAAGUUUGCCAGCGACCUCAAGCUGCAUGCAACCCUGAUCAACACAAAGUACAGGGGCCGCAACGUCAAUCCUGUCUUUGCUGACUUGGUCGCAGCCACAACCGUCGCGCAGCCAGAGCCUGUUCGAAACAACGGGAAGCAGCGACAGCAUUCCAAAGGCUAUGCUGAGCGGAUUCCGAUAGACGCAUCCCGCGUCAUGGAGAACUUUGCCGACUCAUCCUUUGGUUCUGCGGUGAUGCGUUCCAUUCAUCUCUCGAAAAUGCAACAUGAUCCUGCCACCCAGUAUUACGCCAAGGCGGCAGAGGUGGUGGUUGUUCCCCGACCAUGAGGAGUUGUGGCUUCUUCGGGGGGGGGGGAGACACACUUGUUAAAGCACAUUGUUGUUAAGAUAUUAUUAUUGUUUUUUGAACAAUUGGUACUACACUG